GUCUUGACACCGUUCCAGAGGCUCUGUGAGUUCUGCUAAACUGGGGGGGCCGCCAGGCCGAGGUCAGAGGCCUCCACCCGCCACCAGCAUGAAUCCUGCCUCUGGAUUAACGCUGCUGCUCCCCCUUGUCAACCUCGCCUACUUGCUGCUGGUGGGCUGCACCGCUGAAAGUCCCCCCGAGUUCAUCAAGAACCCUGUGGACCAGAUCGGGGUCUCCGGAGGGGUGGCCUCCUUCGUCUGCCAAGCGAGGGGAGACCCCAAGCCCCGCGUCACCUGGAACAAGAAAGGGAAGAAAGUGAACUCCCAGAGGUUUGAGACGAUUGAGUUUGACGAAGGUGCCGGCGCUGUCUUGAGGAUACAGCCCCUCCGCACCCCCAGGGACGAAAACAUUUACGAAUGCGUUGCUCAGAACUCCGUGGCAGAGAUCACCGUCAACGCCAAACUGACUGUCCUGAGAGAGGACCAGCUGCCUUCCGGCUUCCCCAUCAUCGACAUGGGGCCCCAGCUGAAAGUGGUGGAGCGAACGCGCACCGCCACCAUGCUGUGCGCAGCCAGUGGGAACCCAGACCCAGAGAUCACGUGGUUCAAAGAUUUCUUGCCCGUCGACCCCAGCGCCAGCAACGGGAGGAUCAAGCAGCUGAGAUCAGGUGGCCUUCAGAUCGAAAGCAGCGAAGAGACCGACCAGGGGAAGUACGAGUGCGUGGCCAGCAACAGCGCCGGCGUGCGAUACUCCUCACCCGCAAACCUAUAUGUGAGAGUUCGCCGCGUGGCCCCCCGCUUCUCCAUCCCCCCCUCCAGCCACGAGAUCAUGCCCGGGGGCAACGUCAACAUCACCUGCGUGGCGGUUGGCUCCCCCAUGCCCUACGUCAAGUGGAUGCAGGGGGCGGAAGACCUGACGCCGGAGGACGACAUGCCCGUGGGGCGGAACGUCCUGGAGCUGACCGACGUCAAGGACUCGGCCAACUACACCUGCGUGGCCAUGUCUAGCCUGGGCGUCAUCGAAGCCGUGGCUCAGAUCACUGUGAAAUCGCUCCCCAAGGCUCCCGGGACGCCCAUCGUGACGGAAACGACCGCGACGAGCAUCACCAUCACGUGGGACUCGGGGAACCCCGACCCCGUGUCCUACUACGUGAUCGAGUACAAGUCGAAGAGCCAGGAUGGGCCCUACCAGAUCAAGGAAGACAUCACCACCACCCGCUACAGCAUCGGGGGGCUCAGCCCCAACUCGGAGUACGAGAUCUGGGUGUCGGCCGUCAACACCAUCGGGCAGGGGCCACCCAGCGACCCCGUGGUGAUGCGGACAGGGGAGCAGGCGCCCGCCAGCGCCCCCCGCAACGUCCAGGGCCGGAUGCUGAGCGCCUCGACCAUGAUCAUCCAGUGGGAGGAGCCCGUGGAGCCGAACGGUCAGAUCCGAGGCUACAGGGUCUACUACACCAUGGAGCCGGACCAGCCGGUCAGCAACUGGCAGAAGCACAACGUGGACGACAGCUUGUUGACCACCGUCAGUAGUCUCCUGGAGAUGGAAACCUACACCGUUCGGGUCCUGGCUUUCACUUCCGUGGGGGACGGGCCGCUCUCGGACCCGAUCCAAGUCAAAACCAAGCAAGGAGUUCCCGGGCAGCCCAUGAACUUCAGGGCAGAAGCCAAAAGCGAUAGCAGCAUUUUGCUGACCUGGAGUCCUCCCCGCCAGGACAUCAUAUUGAAGUAUGAGCUGGUUUUCAAAGACGCCACGCAGGCAAAACCAGAGACGAGGACCUUUGACCCCGUGACCUCGUACACCAUGAGAGACCUGAAGCCCAACACAGAGUAUGUCUUCAAACUGGCUGCUCGCUCGGCCUUGGGCAUCGGGGCUGAAACCCCGGAGGUCAGGGAGCGAACCCUGCAGGCUAAACCGUCCGCCCCCCCUCGAGACGUAAAAUGUGUCAGCACCAGAUCCACGGCCAUUCUGGUAAGUUGGCGGCCCCCUCCAGCCGAAAGCCAAAAUGGCGUCCUGAACGGAUAUAGCGUUCGCUACCGAGCCCUGGACUCAGAGGACACGGAGCCGAGAGAGGUGACCAACAUCCACGCAACCACCAACCAGAUCCUCCUGGAAUCGCUGGAGAAGUGGACGGAAUACCGCAUCACUGUGGUGGCGCACACGAUGGUGGGACCCGGGCCAGAAAGCUCGCCGGUCAUCGUCCGCACUGACGAAGACGUGCCCAGUGCCCCGCCACGCAAAGUGGAAGUGGAGGUUCUGAAUUCGACCGCCAUCCAAGUGUUCUGGCGCUCGCCGCUCCAGAACCGCCAGCACGGGCAGAUUCGCGGCUACCAAGUACACUACAUACGGAUGGAGAACGGAGAGGCCAACGGCCUACCCCAGAUCAAAGACGUGAUGCUGGCUGACGCUCAGUGGGAAACCGAUGACACUGCAGAAUACGAAAUGAUCAUCGCUGGGCUGCAACCAGAGACUGCCUAUUCCAUCACCGUGGCUGCCUACACGAUGAAAGGAGACGGCGCCCGCAGCAAACCCAAGGUGGUCGUGACCAAGGGGGCAGUCCCAGGGAAGCCGAUCCUGUCCGUCCACCCGACUCAAGAAAACGCCCUGCUGGUCAAGUGGGAGCCUCCUCUGGACGCAGAGGGUCAGGUGCUGGGCUACCGCUUGCAGUUCGGCCGCAGGGACAUUGACCCCUUGGCGACGCUGGAAUUCUCCUCGGAGGAGGACAGGUACACCGCCACCAGCAUCCACCGAGGGGCCACGUACGUCUUCAAGCUGGCCGUCAAAAGCCGGUCCGGCUUCGGGGAGGAAGCGGUCCAGGAGCUCACCAUCCCAGAAGACGUGCCCAAGGGCUACCCGCAGAUCCUCGAGGCCAGCAACGUCACCUCCAAGUCUGUGCAGUUCCACUGGAUGCCCCCUGUCCUGGCCGAGCAGAACGGGGUCAUUGUCAAGUAUACCGUGGCUUACCGAGAGGCCGCCUCCUCCGGGAGCCCGCAGGAGAAAGAGCUCCCUCCGUCUCCCGAGAACUCGUACACGCUGAACGGCCUCAAGCCCAACACGGCCUACGAUGUUAAAAUCCGUGCCCACACCAGUAAAGGUCCCGGGCCGUACAGCCCUUCUGUCCAAUACCGGACGUUCCUCCUGGACCAAGUUUUCCCCAAAAACUUCAAAGUGAGGAUGGUGACCAAGACGUCGGUCCUCCUAGGAUGGGAGUUCCCCGAGAAUUACAAUUCUGCCGUUCCGUACACGAUCCAGCACGAGGGCAAAGAGAUCGAGGUGGACGGCCGUGCCACCAAGAAGCUCAUCACGAACCUGAGACCUCACAUGUCGUACAAGUUCAUCCUGAAAGGUCCCAAGGGCACUUUGGGGAACCUCCAACAGCAGGUGGAGGUUUCGACGGCAGCCAACCUGCUCAGCCGGAAGCCGGAGGUGACCUACAGACACGACAUGGACGGCAGCAUCGUGGUGAACCUGCCGGAAGUAAAAGGCUCAGAUUCACCAGCGCAGGCAUACUACAUCGUGGUUGUCCCCCUGAAGAAAUCCAAAAGCGGCCAGUUCCAGAACAUAUACCACAGUCCGGAAGAGAUGGACUUGGAGGAGUUGAUUCAGAUCUCCCGGCUGCAACGCCGUAGCCUCCGCCACUCCCGCCAGCUCGACCUCCACAAACCCUACAUCGCGGCCCGCUUCAACACCCUGCCCCCCUACUUCAUCCUCGGGGACAUGAAGCGCUAUGACGGCUUCGAGAACAGAGCCCUGGAACCCGGUCAGAAGUAUGUCACCUUCGUCCUGGCUGUGCUGCGGGCAUCCGAUUCGUUAUAUGCUGCCAGCCCCUUUUCUGACCCGAUCCAGAUAGACAACCCGGACCCACAGCCGAAGAUCGACGGAGAGGAGGGACUGAUCUGGGUGAUCGGGCCGGUCUUAGCCGUGGUGUUCAUCAUCUGCAUCGUCAUCGCGAUCCUCCUUUACAAAAACAAGCCCGACAGCAAACGGAAAGACUCUGAGCCGCGCAUCAAAUGCAUGCUGAACAACGCGGAGAUCACCCCCCACCACCCCAAGGACCCUGUGGAGAUGAGGCGGAUCAACUUCCAGACCCCAGAUUCUGGGCUGAGCAGUCCCCUCAGUGACCCUGAGUUUGACCUUGAAAGUAUGCUGAGCCACCCACCCAUCCCAAUUUCGGAGCUGGCAGACCACACGGAGCACCUGAAGGCCAACGACAACCUGAAGCUCUCUCAGGAGUACGAGUCCAUUGACCCGGGUCAGCAAUUCACUUGGGAACACUCCAACCUCGAGGUCAACAAGCCGAAAAACCGCUAUGCCAACGUGAUCGCCUACGACCAUUCCCGCGUCAUUUUGCUGCCCAUUGAAGGAAUCGUGGGCAGCGACUACAUUAACUCCAACUACAUCGACGGCUACCGUAAGCAAAAUGCGUACAUCGCUACGCAGGGGCCCCUUCCGGAGACUUUCGGGGACUUCUGGAGGAUGGUGUGGGAACAGCGCUCGGCCACGGUGGUGAUGAUGACCAAACUGGAGGAGAAAUCGCGGAUAAAGUGUGACCAGUACUGGCCAGGCCGGGGCACUGAGACGUACGGAAUGAUCCAAGUCACCUUGCUGGAUACAAUCGAGCUGGCCACGUUCUGCGUCCGAACCUUCUCGCUUCACAAGAACGGCUCCAGCGAGAAACGAGAAGUCCGGCAGUUCCAGUUCACGGCCUGGCCAGAUCACGGUGUCCCCGAGUACCCGACCCCGUUCCUGGCCUUCCUCAGGAGAGUGAAAACCUGCAACCCACCCGAUGCAGGGCCCAUUGUUGUGCACUGCAGCGCUGGGGUCGGCCGCACGGGCUGCUUCAUCGUGAUCGACGCCAUGCUGGAGAGGAUAAAACACGAGAAGACGGUGGACAUUUACGGCCACGUCACUCUCAUGAGGUCUCAGAGAAAUUACAUGGUGCAGACAGAGGACCAGUACAGCUUCAUACACGACUCCUUGCUGGAAGCCGUCGCCUGUGGGAACACAGAAGUCCCCGCCCGAAAUCUGUACACCUACAUUCAGAAGCUGGCACAGAUAGAAGUCGGGGAGCACGUCACCGGCAUGGAGCUCGAAUUCAAGAGACUCGCCAACUCCAAAGCCCACACCUCCCGGUUCAUCAGCGCCAACCUCCCGUGCAACAAAUUCAAGAACCGCCUUGUCAACAUCAUGCCAUACGAGACCACGCGGGUCUGCCUGCAGCCUAUCCGGGGAGUCGAGGGGUCCGACUACAUCAACUCCAGCUUCAUCGAUGGGUACAGGCAACAGAGAGCGUACAUCGCCACGCAAGGUCCGCUGGCGGAGACCACAGAAGACUUCUGGCGGAUGCUGUGGGAGAACAACUCCACCAUUGUCGUGAUGCUGACCAAACUACGAGAGAUGGGGCGGGAAAAGUGCCACCAGUACUGGCCAGCAGAGAGGUCCGCCCGGUACCAGUACUUUGUGGUCGACCCCAUGGCGGAAUACAACAUGCCUCAAUACAUCCUCCGGGAGUUCAAGGUCACCGAUGCCAGGGAUGGCCAGUCACGGACCGUGCGCCAGUUCCAGUUUACGGACUGGCCGGAGCAAGGCGUGCCAAAAUCCGGUGAAGGCUUCAUUGAUUUCAUCGGGCAGGUGCACAAAACCAAGGAGCAGUUUGGACAAGACGGGCCCAUCUCCGUCCACUGCAGCGCCGGCGUGGGCAGGACCGGCGUCUUCAUCACCCUCAGCAUCGUCCUGGAGAGAAUGCGCUACGAGGGCGUGGUGGACAUCUUCCAGACAGUGAAGAUGCUACGGACGCAGAGGCCUGCCAUGGUGCAGACGGAGGAUGAAUAUCAGUUCUGUUACCAAGCCGCGCUGGAAUACCUGGGCAGUUUUGAUCACUAUGCAACAUAAAAACAAACAAAAA